AUGAUUAUUGAUAUCCAUUUAGAAGUUUUAGACGAAUGUCAAAAAGGGGACACCAAACUGGUUCAGGAGGACUUCCUUGCCAUUCUUGUUCAAGAAUUUAUGGGAAGGGAAUUCAUAAAAGAAGACUUUGUUCCUAAGGAACAACUUUCUAUGGUUGAUGUUCCUAAGGAACAGGUUCCAAGUUCAGAUUCCGUGUUUUAG